CAAAUUCUGAGCAAAAAUCAGAUGAAAAUCGAAAAGAAAAUAAGAUCUCUUCAUCUAAUUACGAUAUAACAAAGGGUGUCAUAUUAGGAUUAGCGAUAUCUUUUGUAACUAGUUAUUUGAACAAGGACAAAAUCUCAUCAUUGUUAGAUAAUGUAAUUAAAAUAAUUAAGAAUAAAUCAAAGGAAGAGACAAAAGAUGUGAAUAAUGAUGAUUAUUUUUCAGAAGGGGGAGAAGGAAUAGUUGUGGAAAUAGAUGAAUCAAAAUUCAGUAAAAGAAAAUAUCAUAGAGGUAGAAAGGUAAAUAGUGUAUGGGUCAUUGGUGGAAUUGAAAAAACUGAUGAAAGUAAAAUAUUUUUGGUAAUUGUUGAGAAACGAGAUAAAGAAACUAUUAGAGAGAUCAUAGAAAAACAUGUUGAAAAAGGUUCUAUUGUGCAUACAGAUUAUUGGGGAGGUUAUUCGGGUAUUCAUGAAUUAGGUGUCACACAGAAAACCGUGAAUCAUUUAAAAAAUUUUAUCAAUCCAGAAAGUGGUGUUCAUACAAAUAGUAUAGAAG